CCACGGCAUUUUUGCGGUGGUUCGUCUUGUAUGAACGAUGACCGUUGUUGCCGUCGCUUUUGUGUUGGUGGUUGUUUUACCUUUAAGUCAAUCUUCAAGUCAACAAGAAUGUCCUGGAGGCUGUAGUCAGUGUACAAAAACAAAAAACGACGACAUAUCAGCAAUAAACUGUAGUUCUUACCAAGGGAAUUUACCGGAAUCAUGGCCUAUUUCUACGACGAAAUUAGAUUUAUCCAAGUCUAACCUUACUGAUAUCAAGUGGCCUUCUCUAGCUAAACUUAACAAAUUAACUGAUCUGAAUCUAGCUGGAAAUCCAAUCACAUGUGAUUGCAAAUAUUAUAAAUACUGGGAGCAACAUCUCGCUUCGACGACUGCUAAAGUUAAGUUGACUGGACAAUGUGGAAAGCCAAGCAAGAGACAUGGACAGUCAUUAACUUAUGCUGGAAGCCAAAUGACUGAUGAAUGUAGAGCAACACCCACUCCAACGCCACGACCAAGUACUGGCGCACCAGUAAUACUAAUGAGCGAGAGAAUUUCUUCAAUGCUUGAAUCAUCGCAGUUGGUUCAACCUUCUACUGUCAUAACACCGGUAACAUCCUCAGCUAAAGGUAUGGCAGUCAUGCCGCCACCACCACCACCACCUUCAUCAACGGACCAAUCAACCACGAUAUCAGCCACUGUUUCAUCAUCAGCAGUAAUAUCCACCAUGUUAUCCACUUCGAUCUAUGCAUCGCUUCCAUCAUCUUCAGUGGCUAAAACCACAACUGAGGCACCCACAACUACUGAUGUAACAAGUACAACAACUACAACAACUGAACUUAUAACAACCACAGCAAUUCCAAUCCCCAGAAAACCAACUACGUCAGAACCACCGACAACUACUGAGAAACCAGCAACCACAGGUCAAACUGCGCCUCCACCAGCAACCACAGUUGCACAAACCACCACAGAAUCACCGACGACUACUGAGAAACCAGUCACCACUACCUCACCAACACUUCCACCGACAACCAUAGCCGCACAAACCACCACAGGCACCACCAUCACCACCACCACCACCACCACUACUACCACCACCACCACGGAAUCACCGACAACUACUGAAGAACCUACCACAGUUGAAAUCACGACCCCGCCUGUUCCAGGUCCACCAAUAGUGUCUUUAUACCAACUCAACCCGGAACUAAAAAUCGGUUCUGUUGCCCAAGUUGUCUGUGAAGUCGAUGGUUUGCCAAAACCCGACGUGACAAUCAUAUUCAAUGGAAUGGACACGAAGAAAUCCAAACAGUUCAGAGUCCUGAAUAAAGGGGCCAAGAUAAGCUUUGUGGUGAAACACGAGUCCGAAAUAGUCUGUCAUGCUAGUAAUAAAUUUGGUCGGAGAAAAGCUACUUUGAGGGUCACUGUAAAAGAAGGAAGUACAAGCUAUAUGACGUUGAAAAUGAAGCUAAUCAAGGAAGACUAUGUUCAAGAUUAUGAAGACAUAAGCUCCUCAGCGUUCCAGGACUUACAGCAAAGGAUCAAAAAAGAGUUUGAUAUCAUCUUUAACGAGUUCUCUGGGUUUUACGGAGUGUCCUUGGUAAAAGUCAGUUCUGGAUCUGUUAUAGUUGAUGUUCUAGUUAAAAGUACAAACUCAACGAAAGACAGAGUUAUGAAAGUCAUGGAACAAGAAUUCGAAGAUGCCAGCUUUGGUUCCAUCCCGGUGGAUCGGUAUUUCUUUAGCAUCAAACCUGCAAGAGCAUGUUCUGGAACAUAUCUCAACACUACUUGGUCAGACAUGGUCAUUAAUGGGACAGCCUUAGAGAAAUGUCCUAGAGAAGCAAAAGGUGUGGCUCGCCGUAACUGUACUGAGAGAGGUUGGUAUUACCCUGACUAUACACAGUGUAAGAGUGACAACAUAACAAAAGCUCGCGAAGAGAUGGAACUGGCAACAAACGGUUCAGUUUCAGCUCCUAAUAUGGAGAUUUUAAAGACUCUGGAAAAAGUAAAACAACUGACUGUAGGGAGUGAGGAAUAUUCACACAUGGCAGGAGACUUGAUCCCGUGUGUGGAGAUUUUAGAAGCAUUGACCAACUACACCAAACAUGAGCGAAAUGAUAUAGCAUUCAACGAUGAGGAAGUCAAACUUGUUGUAGACAUCACAAGUAACUUGCUUAUCAAGUACCAUGAACAGGAAUUCAUAGUCUCUCAAAAGUUGGUUCAGACGGCGUCGAGUCUGAUCCGUGUUGUUGAAGAGUACGGGCUACAGGCUGCUAUCACAGUAUCCAAUGGCACUGAAGACCUUAGGUUCUUUAUAGCAGAGAAUGUUGUUUUGGGAGCAGGAACAGUUGAGCCUCUCAAGAUAUCCAAGGAUGUGACGUUUCCUAAUUACGACAUACCCGAAGUGGAUGCGGUGCGCAGUGCAUGGAAAUUUAGUAGCUUUAUUGUUAUCGAUAAAGAGACUAUCGAUACAAAGUUGAAUGAAUUGGACUCGGAGGUAAGCGUGGUAAAACAGUUGAAAGUUGCUGGAUUUUUGUACAAAACGCUCACAAGAAUAUUGUCAGCCGAAAGUGCUUACAGUAUGAUUGGUCAAGGGUUUGAGAUAAACUCCGCUGUGGUCGCGCUGUCUACUGAACCAAAACUUAAAGCGCCUUUUAAGAGACCAGUGAUUAUCGCCUCUAAUAACCUGGAUCCAGUCGAGCUUGAUGGAGAUUCCCCAAUCUGCGCCUUCUGGGACUUUAACCUGAAUCCUCCUCACGGUGGCUGGUCAGAAAAAGGUUGUUGGUAUACUCACUACAACACGAAGAACACCACUUGUUUGUGUGAUCACUUGACUAACUUCGCCGUCCUCAGAGAAAAACCUAUUUUAAUUUACGCUGAACAGAAAAGCGCUCCUAUCGUACCACCCUUUCUACUGUGUAUCCUGAUUGGUGCAAUCAUCAUGAUCUGUUUCUGUGCUAUCACUCUCUUCCUUCUUCUACUUGUAGCCUGGAGAAUGAAACCAGACCGUACUUGGGCAAUGCACAUGUUUGUGUGCGCUACUCUUAUCGUUACCUUUGCUCUUAUCAUCGUUGGCUUGUACACUUACAACGAUGUGGUAUUCUGUCGACUAUUAUCUAUUUUAGUGCAUUAUUUCUUCCUGUGCGCCUUUACGUGGAUCAUGGCGGAGGCCACGUACAUGCACGUGUGGAGUUCGAACGAUGGCACUAAAAAGAGAUAUUGGAUUGGUUACUUCUUUAUAGGGUUUGUCCCUCCUGGAAUCCCUAUGGCAGUCGCUUGGGUUAUCAAUGGAACCUACAAUUUCGAAAGCCCCUUAUCUUGCUGGAUGAGCCUGUUUCCUAAUCUCAUUUGGGUUUUCUUUGUUCCUGCAAUCAUUUAUACACUGAUUGCCAUCGCCAUUUUCCGUCAAGUAUGGAAGUCAGCCACUGGUCAACUGAGGGUGUCUCUAAAGGCUCUGUACUGGAGGACUCGCUUCAGAGUUCAUGUUCGCUACUGCGUUGCUCUCUUAAUCCUCUUUAUUUUAAUAUGGCUGUUGGGUGUUCUUGUCAUUACUUACCACCUCGAUCCACUUCUAAAACUUGUGUUCUGCAUCUUAUUCAUCGCUUGUUGCGCAAUAACGGGACUGGUCAUCUUGAUCUUCUAUGUUAUCUUGGACCGAGAGUUUGAUGAUGGCAUCAGAGAAUGUUGCUGCUACUGUUGCAGAGGGAGACACGGGAGGUACAGGGUGAAAGGGAAUGACUACUGGGAGGAUGGACCUCCAGCAGAGCAACCAGCGGAGAGAGAAGAGACACUAAUGACACAAGUGCCGCUGAUUGAAGAAGAACAUCGACGAUCCCCAAUAAUAGCCUUUGUAACUAGGCCUGUACCUCAGUCAGAGCCUUCGAUGAGCUCCAUUGAUGAUCCGUUGUACGAGCGAGUCAGGAAGCCUGAAGAAGAGCCUCCCAUCGAACCGGAAAAAGAGGAACAACCUCCAGAGAGUGAGCCAGUAUAUGCGAAGGUAGGUAAAUCUAAGCCACCUGAAGAAGAAGAGGAAGACCCAUUCUCCGUACCACAAGAAGGAUCACCUCGCUUACUUCGAGGCUUGACUCGCCAGGAGGUCAUUCGUAUGGCCAAAAAAUCCGAUGCAAAUAAAGUUGAACUUAAGAAAUACGAAAGCCCUAAAGGCAGCACAGACGACAUUGCUCAACAUCCGACUUACCUGCUGAACCAACAAGAAAUUGAUGAAGAACUGAGUCACUUUAGAACUUUCUUUGCCGAAGGAAAGCAUUCUACAAGUACCCCAUCCAGGACUCCCCCGGGGACACCCUCGGCUGUUCCUAGAACUCUGAGUACAUCGUCAAGCACCACUUCAACAACUCAAACCAAAAAAGUGGUAACGAAGAUGACAAAGAAGUCGACAACGAGCACGUCCUCGUUUGAAAAAUCCGAGACUUCAGAAAAGAAAAGCGUUUUAAGUUUCGAGAGUUUUGAAAGCUCAAGUGCAGUGACCCACGAAAAGACGUCGGCAAGUAAAGGAAGGGCACUGUCUCCCCCUAGAACACAAGCGUUACCGGAACCUGAAGCCAGCGAAUCACCCCCAACCCCUCCCCCAAGGGCAGCGAAUCUUUUAGACGAUGAUGACGAUGAUGAUAAUGAGCGAAAAGAGUUUUUAAAGGAUACAAAGACAGAUUCUCAUGGUGAUAAAGAUGACGAUAGCUUAACUGAUGUGUCGGCGGAUGAUCUUGACAAAGAUGACAGCGAUGAAGAAAGUAAUUUACUUGAUGGCUCCAGGCCUACUGCAGUGUCAUUUGAAAAUGUGGAGGAAGUUGAGGACAGAGGGCUGGCAGAAAGUCUCAUGGCAUACUUUACAGAAAAGGACGAGGAUAGUCUAGAGGAAUGGGUACGACUACGUGAAGAUCUAAAGGAAGAGCGAAAAGAAAAGUAGUUCUCUAUUAAUUGUCGAUACAAUUAGCUGUUAAAUGAAGGUAUUAGAAAAGCCUUCAGCGCGUAAUUACUAAUGGUCAGGUGAUCAUUCUAAGAUCACGUGAGGUCUAAAUGUAGUCACCCGUUGACCAGUAUACUCAAUGUUUUCCGCCGGGAAUCUGUGAAUGUUUUUAUAGCAAUUUUAAAAGGAAUUUGGUAGGGUAUAUUUAAAACUACUCAAUGUUUAAUUUAGUUAUUAUUAUUUACCUUAAGAAUUGUCAUAUUUUUUUAAUUAAUUGUAUAUUUAUAGGUACAUAUUCAGCAAAUCUGCCAUUUUGAAUUUACAGUCAAACUAAGAAAACAAACACCUAAAAUAUGCCAUCUGGAAUGAGAAUUGUUUUUUAACCAAUCACAUGCGAGAGCUGCUAGACACAAAAUAUCGUCAUUACCAAACUACAGUAGAUGGAUAGUUUGUUUACAUACUCGAAAAAACCUCUUUUAUGCACAUGUAUUCUAUAAGCAAACCAGGAAUAGCUUUUUUUAGCUUUUUCUGUAUGAAUAUAGACAUAUUUUACUUAGGUUAGGUUUUCUUAGUUUGACGUCUGUAAAAAAAUAGCACGCAACUUGAAACGAUAGCGGAAGCCACUUUAUAAUGGAAACCAUCUGGCCUGGUUACCUUUCAAAAUGGCUCUCGUGAGGCCUGGUUACCUUUCAAUAUCGCACUCAUGAGAGGCCUGGUUACCUUUCAAAUAUGGCAGUCAUGAGGCCUGUAUAUUUUUCAAAAUGGUAGCCACCACUCCGAUGUCGGCUCCUUUUUCGGGUACCGGACACAGUUUUAUUCAAUAGCAACAAAAACGAACAAAACAAAAAUAAAAAAGAUCCCAAGUUAUGCAGUAGAAAAAGCUAUCAAAGAAUACAAUAUGCUUGUGGCACAUGGAAGCUAUAUCAGGCCUGCUUCCUUUUCAAGAUGGCAUUCAUAGGGCGUGAUUUCAUUUCAAAUUGGCUUAGCUCUCUCGAACAAUGCCAAGUUUUAUGGCACAUUAUUACGCUUCUGCAAUUCAGGUAUUGACCUUUUUAGGUAGGCGUAUGCAUUUGAAAUUUUAAUCCAUUUUAAAUGGUAACAAUUUAAAAAACAAAAUUUACAUUUUUAAGUUAUUAGUUUAGCAGAGAUAAAUUAUCUAAUCGAAACUGCGCUGUUGGUUACUAUUAUCACUAACCCACCCACAUUCAUACAUUUAGCUAUUAUGUGAACUGAUUAGUUAGUUCUCCGAGUUUUCAAAGAGGCAAAGGUAUACUGCUUAAAACUUUAAAACUGAACUUGCUUCAUUAAGAGCUUUCAAAGUUUCUAUGUGCAAUUAAACAAAAACAUAAAUAAAUAGCAGCUAGAUAGGAUAAGUACCUAAAAAGGCAAUUUCGAAAAAUUCCCUUCAAUAUAUAUGCCAGUCUCCGCACAACUUAAGGCCGGAAAAGGCAUUUUUUCAGGUUUGACAAGUAUUCCUUAUGCGACGUUACCUAUAAGCAACGUCGUUUGCUUAAUCAGCUUGUAAUCGAUUUUUCCAACUUUUCCAUUUUGAAACUAAUUUGGGGAAACCUUGGGCCACUAAUGUCUAUAGUCCAUUGUUGUGACAAUGAAGUUUUCCAAACUUUCCAAGCUUAGGGCUACCGUUAAAAUCACUAAGUAAAAUAAUUAGAAUUUUCAAGAAAAUGCCGAAAAGUGCUCAAGUAUCCAAAUUGCGAGUUUCUGCACAAGUCCUGAGUUUCCAUUAUCAACUUUAGAUUCAGCCGCGAGGUUAUGACCGAGGCCAGGUUACCAUUCUAUAUGGCGCAGACUAAAGCCCCGUUUACACUGGCGAUUUUUGCUGCGAUUUUUGUGGCAAUUUUCGGAAAUAUAAAAUCUCAUCCUUAAAAAGAGACAUUCGUCUAGGAAAAUCUUGGUAUCCUAAAAAAAAUUUACAAGUAAAUUCUUUACCAUUAUUUAUUAUGGACAAAAUCGUAAAAAAAAUCGCAGCAAAUAUCGCUAGUGUAAACGGGGCUUAACGAAAUUUGGAUAUUUUGAGCGAAAAUGAACAAUAGGUUUUGAAAGCCGUACAUGCAUUAGGUAUGAAUAACCUGGACAUUUGUAGACACAUCGCUUUUUCAACUGUAAUCAUUAUACACAAUAAUCUAAUAAAAUCAUCUUCAAAUGUCAA